AUGACAGAGUGGAUUGACUCGAAAGCGUUCCAGCGACUGUGGCGCUCUCUCACCAAGGCCGGAUGCAAAGCAAGGCCGCCGUCAGGACUGGACUCGGAGCACACCUAUGUGAAACCAGGAGUGAAGGGUCGGCUUCGUAAGGACAAGGCAGGAGUGGAGUACUUCAAAGCUGCGAAGCAGGUGCAGAAGAUGCGCUGA